UUUUUAACACAUCAAAAUCAAUGACCCUCUCUCUCCAACAGUGUCCCACUAAUGCCUCCCCUUUGCUCUUAUUUUAUGCUCUGUACCUUUCAUUUUCUCUCUCUUCUACCUUUUCUCCUUCACUCUUUUCCCUCACUCAAAAACACACUCCCUUUCCUUUCCUUUCCUCUCCUUUCUGCUAACACCAACAUUACCCUCAAAACAAAAAUAACAUUACCAUUUGCAUUUCUCUCUUUCCACCUCUCAAUUAGGGUUCUUCCACCCACUUUCUUCACCACCAUUGUCCGAACCUAUUGCAUUCUCCGAACCCCUCAGCUUCGGAUCAACUCAAAUGGGUAAGUACCUUCUGUUACUGGCUCUCACUUUCCUCAACCUCGUACUAUUCUCCACCCUUCAUGUCUCGGCUGCACCUUCAACUACUUCUCCUGCAAAAAUUGUUAGUGGGUUUCUCUCCAAUGCCGUGCCUGCCGUCACUAAAUGGGCGUGGUCUCUCAAGGCCACCACCAAAACGGCGGUUUCGAGCAGGUCGAUGAUGAAGUUCGAGGGUGGAUUCAGUGUGGAGACUGUGUUCGAUGGGAGCAAGCUUGGGAUCGAGCCUUAUGCUGUGGAGGUGUUGCCCAAUGGGGAGCUUCUGAUUCUUGAUUCGGUUAAUAGUAACAUUUAUAGGAUUUCCUCCUCACUUUCUUUGUACAGCAGGCCCAAGCUGGUGGCAGGGUCGGCUGAAGGGUAUUAUGGACAUGUUGAUGGGAAGCUCAGAGAGGCUAGGAUGAACCAUCCUAAGGGGAUAACUGUUGACGACCGAGGAAAUAUCUAUGUUGCAGAUACUACAAAUAUGGCAAUUAGGAAAAUUAGUGAUUCAGGGGUCACGACAAUUGCUGGAGGAAAAUGGAGCCGAGGAGGGGGCCAUGUUGAUGGACCAAGUGAAGAAGCUAAAUUUUCGGAUGACUUUGAUGUGGUUUACGUUGGAAGUAGUUGUUCACUACUCGUCAUAGACAGAGGAAACCGAGCCAUCAGGGAGAUCCAACUCCACUUUGAUGAUUGUGCUUAUCAAUAUGGCAGUGGAUUCCCACUUGGGAUUGCAAUGCUUGUUGGGGCUGGCUUCUUUGGUUACAUGCUGGCAUUACUGCAGCGAAGGCUUGGUACAAUUGUAGCAUCCCAGGACGCUCAGGUUCCGGUAAUGGUAACAUCUUCAGUUUCUUCAAAUCCAUAUGAAAAGCCAUUGAAAUCUGUCAGGCCUCCUUUGAUUCCAUCAUCAGAAUAUGAACCUGACAAGCAGGAAGAGGGCUUCUUUGGAUCCCUAGGGAAGCUUCUUGCGAAUGCUGGUGCAUCAAUGGUGGAGAUAAUGGGAGGAUUAUUUCCUUCUUUCAGAAGAAAAUCGCUAAGCCACCAAUUCCAAAGACAACCACUUCUCCCGCAACCCCAGAAGCAAGCAAAUGCUUGGCCUGUGCAGGAAAGUUUCGUGAUCCCUGAUGAAGAUGAACCUCCUUCCAUCGACACAAGAGCUCCUACCCCUAGAAAAACCUAUCCUUUCAUGUCCAAGGAUGCAGAGAAAAUGCAACAACUUCGGCAAAGUCGUGCAUUCUAUAGUGGAUGGGAUGGAGAUAUCAAUCAGCAGCAACAACAGUCACAACAGCAGCAACAGAAACACCAUCAGUACCGAUCGGCAACCCCUCACACUUACUACGAACAGAGCCAUGAGACAACCAAUGAGAUAGUGUUUGGGGCAGUGCAGGAACAGGAUAGGCGGCAGGAGUCCGUGGUUAUCAAGCCUGUGAAUUAUGGGGAGCCACUAUAUGACACUCACAAUGUUAGGUCCAGAAUGAGUUUCCUGGGCUAUGGCGGCCACAGGUAUUGAGUACAUACAAUCAUUAGGAAGUUUAGAUUUUAGAUGUGAGCUAAAUGGAGAGGGAAGAAUUUAAUCAGGUAUAGGUAGUCUUAUAAUGAUUUUUCUUUCUGUGGGGUCUUAGUAAGAAGUUGGUGAUCAUAAUGUGAAUUGUUUAUUCAGUUUUGCCAAAUGUUGGUUGCUAUGGUGUUCUAGUGUAACCAGCAACUCCGGCAAUCAUGAGGAGGGGAUGGGAUCAAGAAAUUUUGCAUGCUAUUUCUUCUAAUGAUCCUCCUCAUGUUUAAAUGUGCAAUAGUUCUCUGAAAUUGUUUUCCAUUGAACAUGUGCUUAACA